AUGAUUCUCGAAUUACCUGGUGUUAAAAUUCGAUUAACCAAAUGGGGUGCUGAAGAGGUUAAAAAUGUUGGUGUUAAAGUGCUUGGUGAGGAAAUCUCUCAAUUGAAGGGUUUCCGUUUUUUACACUCAUUCGCUGAGCGAGGAAUUGUUGGAAGAGUACUAUUAUACGAUGUAAUGGUAUUGCAUUAUUCUCCACCACAAUUCGAUUCAUUAAAUUUUUAUCCACCUUCUUAUGUUAUAUUGCAACUCGAACGAAUGGAUAUUGCGUUAUUUUUCCUUUUUUUUAGAACCUUGUAUCGUGAUUAUAGAUUAACUGGACGCUUCGUAAGUGAUGUUGGGUUAAUUACCACUUCUGGUUCGGUUGUUGGAGAAAUACGUCAAAUGUCGGUAAAAUUGACAACAGAUUUCAAAGCAGCUCCGGACGGCCUGAUGCAAGUCAAGGUUAAUGCAGAACAUAUAGUUGUGGAAUGUGCGAAUAAUAUUGCAUAUAGUCAUUUUUCAAUUAAUGUUGAUGGACCCCUCAGUGGCCUUAUAAGAAUGAUUGAAGUAAAUUUUUGA